AUGAUUGGGACAUCCUCUCAACAACAACAACAACAACACCGACGAGUAACUUCUCCUUCCUCCUCCACGACGUCUGGUGGUGGUUCUCUUUCUCCACCAACGACUCUCGAGCUCCAUCAAGAGGAAGAUUCAUUUGCCAAGCUAGAUCAGGACCAAGAUGAUGAGAAGAACUACAAUUCCUAUUCAAACGGAGGAAUGACAGAGAAUGACCAUCAUCAUCAUCAUCAUUUUAAUAUUCAUACCAAUAAUCACGAAUACAGUGAAGAAAUGAUGGAUAUAGGCACAAUAACAAAUUUAAAUCUUCAACACAGAAAAGGCUACACUACCCAGGAGGAAGACAUGGAUGCCGCUACCAUGAUGAUGACCACUCACCAUGAAGCACCUAUUCUUCGGAUGAACGAAGGCUCAACCACAUCAUCAUUGAAUGAUGACACGACACCAACUCCCCUCACCACAAUGGCAUCCUUGAGCCAUAUUCCAAUGCUAGAACUCUUUUGCAAAAAAAAGUAUUCAGCAGAAUUGGAGAAGAAACAAUUGUCAACCAAGAAACAUACUCAUUAUAUUUAUACGUAUUUAACAUUGCUUGGAUUUUUGGGAGGAUUAAUCUCUUUCUCGCAUGACAUUAUAGUGAGAUAUUUAGUAUUAGGAAAGAAUUCAUUGAUUAAUUUAUGGGAUCCAGAGAAGGAUUAUAGUUUGAGAAUGUUCAUUUGGAUUGUUUAUAAUUUAAGUUUUGUUUCUUUUGCUAUUGUGUUAACUGCUCUAUUUGCACCAGCAGCUGAAGGAAGUGGUUUGGCAGGUAUUAAAGCAAUUUUGAAUGGAGUGAGAGGAUUGAAAGACGUGUUAAGUUUAAAGACAAUGAUUGUGAAAUUGUUAUGUUUGCCAGCUGUGUUAACUGCUGGUUUAUACGUUGGUAAGAUGGGUCCUAGUAUGCAUAUUAUCACAUGUCUUGCCAACAAUUUGCUCAAACUCAAAAUAUUUGAAUCCAUUAGAAAAACAAAAACCUUAAAACAGGAAAUGAUUGUCUGUGGAUUGGUCGUUGGUUGUGCAGCUAAUGACGGUGCCAUUAUUGGAGGAGUACUCUUUGGAGCAGAACUAGUCGGAACGUAUUAUUCACUAAGAAGUUAUUUCAAGAGUUUCUAUGCCGCUUUUAUUGCGUGCAUGACCUCUCGUCUUCUUCACAGUUUGGUAAAUCAAAAUAUCAAACCAUUUUUCACAUGGAAUAUCAAGCUCGUACCACCAGCCUAUACUCUCCCUGAAUUGGCAUUUAUGAUUGUUUUGGCAUUUGUGAUGGCAUUCAUUGGAGUUGGUGUUAACUAUGCAAAUGAAAUGCUUCUCGUAUUGAGAGAUAAAUAUGGAAAGAAACAUUUAGGAUUCUUUGAUUUUGGAAAGUACUCUAAAAGCAAGCUCCUUAUUCUAUUGGAAAACAGAAUUAUUUACACAUGGGUGAUUGCUUUAAUAACAAGCAUAGUAAUGUUCCCUCAAUUUAUUGGAAAAUUUAUGAGCAUGGGAGGAGUUCCUGUUUUUGAAGAAUUGUUAAUGACAAAACCAUUGACAACGGUGAAUGGAGCCAAAGGAGAAUGGACUCAAGGAAAUCUCUCAGAAAUAUUUAUUACUAUUUCUAUUCUCUUAACUAUUCGUUACAUUGUUGCCAUUUUGACACUUGUGGUUCCAGUAGCAGGAGGAAGUUAUUUGCAAUUGCUAGUCACUGGAGCUUCUUUUGGAAGAUUGGUUGGAGAAGGUUUAGCAAAUAUUUUCCCAGAUGGAUUUGCACCUAACCAUCCAAUUAUUCCAGCAAGUUAUGGCCUCGUUGCAGCAGCUGCUUUGACAAGUUCACAAACACAAGCUUUCAGUUCAGUAUUUAUUUUAUUGGAAUUGACAGGAAAUGGAGUACAUUUACCUUCACUGGUGGCAUCAUAUAUUGGAGUAGCUAUUUCUCGAUGGCUCGCAUACAGUGCCUAUGACGUUGUCAUCAAGUACAGAAAGUGGCCUGCUGUUUUGGAAUCGUUCACAGACUCAGAUGAUAUUAAGGUAAAAUACAUCAUGCAAUAUGUGGAUAGUAUUCCAAUUAUUGAGGAAGUGACCUCUGUUCAAAAGAUUGAUCAAAUUCUCAAAACAUCAACUCUACCAAAAACAAUUCCUGUUGUGAACAAUUUGGAUGAUUUAUUAUUGGUGGGUUGUGUGAAUACGAAAAAGUUACAGGAUUAUUAUGAAUCAAAAUUGAAACCACUCCUUGAAAAAGAUCCUCACUGUGACGAAUUAGUUCAAAUCGAAAAAGAUACUUGUCCUGUAACCAUCUCGAUUGAUACUCCAUUGGUGUUGGCUCACUUGAUUUUCUCCAAGUUAGGAUUUGAUGACGUGUUUGUCGUGUGGAGAGGACGAUUGACUGGACAAGUUCAAAAAUCAUCCAUUAUUGCAGAACUCACAGAAAAACAAACUGGUUCUAUUGAUGCUUAA